AAAAAUUUUAGAUGAAAGUAUUUCAAUAAUUUCAUUGUCGAUCAGCUUAUGGGAUUACGACGAUUAUAGUACAUAAAUUAUUAUAAUUACUCUACAAUAAUUAUUGUGAUUGUCCCGGAUUAGUAUGACAAAGUGAUUUGUACAACAUGAAGUAUGCGAAAUAUGUUAUCGAAAAUAGUUUGAAGCGGUUAACAAGUUUAGUUUCAUUUGGAAAUUAAAAGGGACCAUUCAUUUCCAAAUUAAAAAGCGCCGCUUGAAGAAAUGAUAAAGCUGAAUAAAAAUUUCUGUUUGUCAAGCUUGACCUGAGGAAAUAAAAGGCUUGUGCGAGGAACAAGGAGUCUUUCACGAGCGAAAUGAGCAGCUGGCAAUUUAUCUUAAUUGCAAUAAUCUUAAUGAAGAGGAAUUUUUGUGUGGUUAUGUCUCAUGGAAAUUUAGGUUUUAACGAAUCGAUGGGGAUCGAGAAACGAUUGCCCGAAGAUGUGAUUCCCAAAAAAUAUGUGAUCGUAAUUUCUCCGAAUUUUGUAAACGAUGGAUUCCAUGGUUUCGUUCGUAUCGACGUCGAAUUGCAAAAGGCUAGAAAUUACAUCGUCUUACAUUCGAAGGAUUUAACUGUUACAUCAACGAAAUUAUAUUCGCGAAAGACGCGAGCGGAAGUUCAGCUGAAAUCCGUUUUCCCCGCAAAGAAACGGGAAAUGUUGAUUAUUCAAUUUUACAGAAAAGUCCCUUCGGGGAAAUAUUUCUUAAAAAUGAAUUUCACUGGGAGCUUAAAGGGGAAGAUUACUGGAUUCUAUUUGAGUACCUACGUUGAUAAAAAUAAGUCUAUCAGAAAAUUAGCGGUGACACAAUUUGAGCCGACCUACGCAAGAAGCGCCUUUCCAUGUUUCGACGAACCCAGCUUCAAAUCCAUCUUCGUCGUUAGCAUAAUUCAUAGAAAGAAAUCGUAUCACGCAAUGUCCAACAUGCCGAUUGCAAAAGUAGAGAAGAUGAAAAACGGUAGGGACACGAUCACGUUGUUUAAACCUACACCACCAAUGUCCACGUACCUCGUUGCUUUUGUUAUCAGUGAUUUCGAGUGUCUGGGGUCACAUUUGUAUCUCCUGAGUGGAAGACAAAUUCCACUAACUAUUUGCACGAGGCCCAUGUAUAGGAAUAAAACGAAAUUCGCCUUGAAUGUGGCGGUUAGAGCGAUGCAGUAUUACCUGACUGUUUUUCAGAUUGAGUAUCCACUUCCGAAACUUGACCUGGUCGCCAUACCCGAUUUUGCUGCCGGAGCAAUGGAGAACUGGGGUCUAGUCACGUUUCGCGAAACAGAGCUGCUACACAACGAGAACAGUAGUUCUUGCUGGAACACGAAAAGAGUCAGUUUAACUGUGGCCCAUGAGUUGGCACAUAUGUGGUUCGGUAAUCUGGUUACCAUGAAAUGGUGGAACGAUCUGUGGCUGAACGAGGGAUUCGCUACUUACAUGGAAUACAGAGCUGUUGACUCGUUGUUUCCUGAAUGGAACCUGAUGCAUUCUUUCCCGAUAUACACUAAGUACGUAUCCAUGAAACACGACAGUAAAUUACGUGCUCGUCCCAUUGUGAAGCGCGUUGAAAACCCUGAAGAGAUCGAAGAACUAUUCGACAGGAUCUCCUACCAAAAAGCUGCGUCGGUGAUCAAAAUGUUAGAGGACGCAAUCGGCAAUUCCAAGUUCAUAGGCGCCAUCAGAUAUUACCUGCAGAAGCAUCGUUUUCGUAACACCGAAUCUCGAGAGCUUUUUGAGAUUCUGCAAAACGGUACACGAAUCGCUAUCGACGUUGCUGACUUCAUGACAAGAUGGACGAAGUUUCCUGGAUUUCCGGUGAUCAACGUUCGUCAGGAUGGAACGAUAUUCCAGUUGUCGAGACGACGAUUUGCGAUUAGCAAGAAAUUCCAGCAAACGAUCGACGACGGCAGCUGGACCAUCCCCAUAAAAUAUGUAACGAGCAGAAGGGACGGUGUCAAGUUGGACUGGUUCCUCGCAAAUUUCUCUUGCGCGGAGUUGUCGGUGGGAAGACCGGUGGAUUGGAUUAAGCUGAAUCACGACUCGAUCGGGUACUACAUUGUGAAUUACACGAGAGAUGCUUGGUACGCGUUCAGCAAUUUAUUGUCCCGCGAUCAUCGAAUAUUGAGUCCCAUGAACAGAGCCGACUUGUUGCACGACGCUUUUCUUUUAGCAGGAGGCAUCGAAUUGCAUUAUCACGUGGUCAUGAACUUAACUUCUUAUCUGUCGAACGAAACCGAGUAUCAACCGUGGGCUGUGGCUGCUGAGUGGUUUGAGAGAAUGAAUCGAUUACUUGGUGGAACUAGUGUGAUCGAUCGUUUUCAGUCGUAUGGCAGGAGUCUUGUUGAGAAAAUUUAUGGGGAAGUCGGAUGGAGGAGUCGUGCUGGAAAUACUUUUGCUGAUAGAGAAUUCCGUGUACUGAUACUGAACGCAGCCUGUUCCGUGGGUUACAACGACUGUCUCGAGACAGCCGGAAGGAAGCUGAAGAAUUUUCUGUGGAACAAAGAUGGCCGACCACUGCCAGCUGAUAUUCGGUCUAUCGUCUACUCGUACGGCCCUGUCACGAUGUCGCAGGAAGCUGGAUCAAUAUUUGAAAACAUGUCGCAGCUUCUAGCGAAAGAAACCGAUGUUCAGGAAAGGGAACGUCUGAUGGUUGGACUGACCAGCUUCCAGAACAGAGAUAUUCUUAAUCGGUAUCUUGAAAAAGCAAUGGACGAGAGCUUCGUUCGUAAACAAGACUUCGCAGGGGUGUUAAUAAAAAUCGCAUCGAAUCCUGUAGGAUUGGACGUCGUUUGGACUUUCGUGCAAUUACGAUUAGAAGACCUGGUAAUGAAAUAUGAAACCAACGAACAUAUCUUGGGGAAGAUCGUCAGUACGAUCGUUUCGUUGUUCAUAGAUCGUCAAAAGCUUCAAGAAGCAAGGCACUUUUUUAUGGAGCACUCUGAUCUUAAAAUUACGGAGACUAUGAAGAGGAACGCUAUCGAAGAAAUCGAAAACAGUAUCAACUGGUUGGAUGCAAAUAUGCAGGACAUCGAAGAGUGGCUAACAGCAAAUAAUUAUAAUUAACUUGUACUACUAAUUCUAAGGUACGAAAUUUUUUACAAAAGCACACUGUUACAGAUAUUUUAUUUACUGUUACAUAUUAUAUUUAAUUUCUUACACAAUAAGUUAGUUCUGUUCCUACACGCUGAUUAGUCAUUCACAAGUAACUCAUUAGUACAAUUAAAUUAUAAAUUAUAUUUCAUUAAGGUGUUCAUUCAAAAAUCUUAAUCUGCUUGUCAAGGAAGAUUAUCGUGAUUCGAUUAAUCGAUCGUCAAUCAUGUCUGACACGAAUAUUUAACUACAAGAAAUAUUCAUGUGCUUCAAAAUGUCAGCAGCGAUUAAUACAAGAUGUCUGAAGAUACGCGUUCUCAUAUCUUGUUCACGGUAGCCACAGUUCGGUUUACGGCACUUUUAGUAAAUAUUACAUGAGUCGGGUUAAUGAUACUUCAGAUAAUCGUAAUAUCUACGCUGAUCAAGUAAAUAUUUGCGCAC